CUUUUGAUAAUAGCCAUCUGAAAAAAGAAGAAGAAGAAUUGAAGAAAAUCAAGUCUGGAAUGGGAGCAGUUAUACUAAAAGAUUUAAAGGAACAUGCCAAGUUCAGAAAAUGGAAACAACACCACAUCGACCCUAGAAAUGCAUCACGAACUCCUUCGGCCUCCAAAGAAUUGAUGUAUCGCAUGAGAUAUGAAUCACCUAUUGGUGCUUCACCUUCAAGGCAUUUGGACCACCAAAAACCAUUUUUUGAUGAUGACGCUACAUUCGAUAGAGCAACUAGCUAUAGGGGUUCAGUUGGAAGAUCACUCGGAACUACACCUAGUUACAAUGCGAUUCAUACAUUUCGUUCGAAUCCGAAAAUUGGCAACAAAUCUUCAACUUUGCCGUCACAUAUUGGUAUCAAAAAUUACAAUGGAUACAGUUCCAUCUCAAUUAUUUCGUCAACUUUUUGAGAUAUCCGGCGAACA